AAAACAAGAAAAUAAGAUCGUGGCGCACUGGUAUUCAGUUAAAAACAGAGCAGGCUGUGCACCGAAAGUGGUGUAUUUCCGUUUUCAUACCUAUACAUAGUUGGCUAUGAACGCCAGAAAAUUGUAAACGUGGAACUGAAGUGUCACCAACGAAUUCGUGUAUCAGAAACUAUAAAGCUUGCUUCAAUUUGAGUUCAAUUUGUGCUGUGUUAUGAGAUUUCCUUCAUAGUUUUGACUGAAAUGGGUAUGAUCACCAGGGUUAGGGGCAGAUUGAGGAGUCUGCACACCUUGUCAAAGCUGCAACCUAGAGAAAGGGAUGAAAAAAUCGCAGAGACCGUGUGUCUUCUCUCAGUCCUAUUUCUUCUUCCGUAUUGUUCGAGAGGACACGCUCCUCUUCUUCUGAGUCUCGGAGGAUGGUGUCUAGCGACCUACUCGUUUUUGGUACUCCCUGUUUUGAUUUCUGCCAACUAUAUGUACCCGGUACGAUGGCUCAGACAGCUCAGCAAUAAAGGAUCAGAUCUCUUCCUGAGGUGGUAUGGACCAGUUUGGGAGAUAUUUUGCUGUAUAUAUGGCCCACUGGACAGAUGCGAAAAAAUGUUCAUGAAGAUGUCCAAUAUUUCAAAUUUAACGACACAGCUAGUUUUCUUCAUGAUCUGUGACAGAGUCCUCCUAUGCAGCUUCGGUGGAACCAACUGCCCUCAGAAAAAAAUCACCGGCCUAUACUCGCUGAUGUUCUACAACGUCAUAGCUUACUGCACCAGCUACAUCAAAGAGCUCAUAGAGAAAGAAGAUUGGUCCAUCACUGUCAGGAUGACGAAACACAGUAACAUAAAGCACGUGGCAAUGUCUGCGACGAAAAUAGUGCUGGAGUGGACCAAAGCAGUCACUUUCAUCAUCACAGUGACUUUCAUGCUAUUGGUAUUCGGGCUAGAACAAGGUCUGCAGCACUAUCAGCCAACAGCCUUAUAUACCUUCGUCACUUGGACUUACUAUAUGUGCACUGAAAAAGUGUUCGUAGAUUUGUUUCUGCCUAUCCUGCUGUGGUUGAAAUUAAACUCGUUGGAAGCACUAGAACCUCUCUACGUUCCAGUGCUACUAAGAUACUAUAUCAUCUCCCUAGCUUCUACUAUGGUGUUUUUCCUGGCUUUCCACGCCCAAGCUUCCUUCACAGCGCUAUCCUUUUACCUCACAGUCUACCUCAAACUCAAGGAUAUGGUGCUGAAUUGUUUGAAGCAACUGAAGACUGAGCAAGCAGUGCUAGGGAGGUUCAGGCAAGCUACAGAAGACGAAAUUAGCAACUGCGAUGACGUAUGUGCUGUUUGUCUCAGUGCUAUGGAGCGCGCUAGGGUUACACCUUGUCAACACUUCUUUCAUGCUAGUUGCUUGAGGCAGUGUUUGAAGAACUCGUCGAUAUGUCCGAUUUGUAAGAGGGAGUACACUUUCGUGCACUGAUGGUGCGGUGAUUGUGUUUUUUUAGGAUUAAUUAGGUCAGACAGUAUAUAUAUUUUUUACGUAUUUGCAUGUUUCAUAUAAUAAAAGUUUUUGAAUUG